AUGGAUGAAAUUACAGUAAAGAGGAGGCCAAAUUUUUUUUACAAAGAAAACAAUAUACAGAAGGAGGAUAAGAGGACAAAUCUGGACUUCGAAAUCCAAAAUCCCAGAUUUGUGAAGUCGUCGCCCUUAACAUCUACCAUCAUCUUUGUUAACUUGCAGUCUUCAUCUUCCUCGAAGCUCCAACUGCACCUCCCUCCGAUUCAUGAACCCCAAAUAAGAGCAUAUAACUCGUCCUCCCUAAGAUCCUUUCAACCUCCGCCACGACACUAUUUCCUCCGCCGCACCUACAAAUCAAAGAUUGAGAGGAUUAGCCAAGCAAGAUUGCAUCUCAGAGACACCGAGAAACACGCGUUAGAGGUAAGAUUACUACGGUACUUAGCUUUUGCAAUUGGAAUUGGUUUGUUUUGCUACACGAAUUUAGGUUGUGGGGAUGGGUUGGUUGUAUCAGUGAGGAAUGGUUUAGCUAGGAUUCAUGUUGCGUCACCGUGUUAA